AUGGAGCGGGAGCUCCAGCGAUACGGCCCCCUGCGUUGGGACUUCGAGCGGGGCGCUGUUGGCUGUGCGGCGGGAUUGAUUGCCUGGCGGCCCGUCGCCCGGGCGCCCUAUCGACCGCAGCUCAUCGACAAGUGCAUUGGCUCGCGCAUCUGGCUGCUCCUGCACGGCGAGUCCGAGCUGGUGGGCACCCUGUGCGGCUUCGACCAGCAUGUCAACAUGGUCCUCGAGGAUGUCACCGAGAUUCAAGUGAACCCGGAUGGCUCGCGUCUGCAGCUCCCGGUUCGCAAGUCCAUGCUCCUGAGCGGGAACAACAUUGCCAUGCUCAUCCCCGGUGGAUCCCCCUCCGACAUCUCAGCCUGA